UGUUCUAAACUGGCUGGGGUUUUUAGCUUGCUUGACAAGCACCCCUCCCCCAAACUUUGGCGAAACAGGAACAACUCCUUUGAGAGAAAAAAAAAGCUUGCACAAGUUUGGAACGUCUUGGAGAGGCCCUUGUUAUGCUUGGAGUAUAAUAGUCAGCAGUUGAGAUUUAUUUGUGCAAAAUCUGGAAGGAUUCUACUGUUCUUGUUUGUCGUGGAAAAUAACAUUUUAACCUCGUCUUUCGCGUAGGCCUAAACUCUUUUGAAAAUUGUUUACUUUCCUCGAGGAUAAUUAUUGGUGAAAGUCUAUUUGUGUAUGGAAUAAUUUGUCCUCACCGAAGAAAGAUGGGACUCGUGGAGCUCUGUAUACAUAUGUGAUAUCGUGUUCAAUAAUGAAGGAGAUUGUGUCAGACACAAUGGGUUUGUGAAUGGGCACUGUGAUCUUCUGCUGAGAGGGAGUGCUGGGAUUUGAGGCUCUGCGACAGUUGUGACUCCGGGCCGACGCUAAGCCAGUCAGCUUGCUUUGUCUGCCGGACCAAGGUCAAAGGGAACCCUGGGAUAGGCGCUCCUCGUGAGGAGUAGCCGGGGUCUCUGAGACCUGGGGGUCAUUUAAGCAGCGUUGGGGAUUUGACGAGCGCGGCCCAUUGCAAUGCAGACAUGGCCACGGCUAUAUCGUGACAGAGGGACAUGUGUGCCCAAGGACUGUGAGAGCUCCUUGAGGAGACUCCAGGCACACAGCACCUCACACGUACUGACAUCCAGAUGAUGCUGGAGGUGCAAGAAGAAAGAGCAGCAGGAAACUUUAGCCGGAAAGAGCGCGUCAAGAAGGAGCGGGACGAGGCAGGCCCAGACAGUGGCCGAGCCAAUAGCCACAUUAACCCCUCCUCUAAUAACCACAGCCCCGCCGCUAACUCCGCCCUUGCCGGCACAGGCCACAGGAACACCCGGGCCAAGGCCACACCCUCGGCCAGCCCGCACCAGCACUUGACUCCAUCCUCUGUCUCCCUGGGAUCGCCGUCAAUGCAUUCCAGCAAUCCCAAAGUGAGGAACUCCCCAUCGGCUAACACGCAGAGCAGUCCCAAACAGAAGCAGGAGGCCAUGGUGCGCUCUCCACCCGUCAUGUCUCCCUCCAGCGCCGCCCAGAUGGACUCAAAACUACCCAAUCAGGGAAAGCCGGGGGGCGCGGGCAGCCAAUCGCAGCCCUCGCCCUGUGACCCCAAAACUCUAGGCCCUAAGGGGCCCAUAGGGAGCCUAGGACUAAAAAACGGACAAGGCCUGAUUGCAGGCAACGGGGCCAAGGGCAAAAUGAAGAGGGAAAGAAGCACUUCGGUGGAGUCGUUUGAGCAGCGUGACACGGGGACGUCCAACAGCGAGGGGGAUCAGAAAGAGCUGGGCAGCCGAGCCAAGAGGCUGUGUGUAGCUGAGCGGCGGCAGCCCUACAGUGGAGCGGACUGGUGCUCUGGGGGCGAGAGUGACGAGGAAGACCCAGGGUUCUUUAACUGCAAUUCGAUAGAGAUGAAGCCUCUGGACUCCAACAAUGCGCUCAGCUCGGCCACGUCGACCCACAAUGCCGUUGGAGGGCAGAGCAUGGAGCUGGGCGGCAGCGGUCCCAAGCCCGGGUCAAAGGUUGUGUACGUCUUCACAACAGAGAUGGCCAACAAGGCGGCUGAUGCGGUCUUCACAGGCCACUCGGACAACAUCAUUGCCUUCCACAUGAACAACAUCUCCAAGGGCAACAAGCCCCACCUACCUGUGAAUAAUCAGAUGGGACCCCCUCGGGGUGACUCCAAGCAGCUGGGCGGAGCCCCCCAGCAGCAGUCAUCUCACCCUUCUGACCAGAACCACCAGCAGGCCUCCAAAGCACCUCCACCAGGCCAACAGCAGCCAGCAGAAUCCCAGCCUCAGGGGGCCAAGCCUGGGAGCUUCCCCCAGGAUGGGGCCGCCUCUGGGGGCAUGGACUCUAAGAGCGGAAGCCCCCAGGACGGCACCCCACACGACUCUAACAGCAACCCUGGAGGGCCGCCCGGCCACCAGAACCCCUCUGGGGCAUCCCAACAGAGCUUCCCCUCUCUGGACUUUCCCAAUGGUGCCGACGCCAAACUCACGGCCCAGCAGCAGCAGCUGGCACACGAGCUGAUGUCCAGCAUGGGGGACAACUCUGAGGGCCUGUCCCAGGAGCAGCUGGAGCACCGCGAACGCUCCCUCCAGACACUACGGGACAUCCAGCGCAUGCUCUUCCCCGAUGACAAGGAGUUAUCCCUCAAAGACAUGGUAGCCAUGGGGCAGGGCAACCCGGGCGGGCCCCCCGGCCCCAACCCCGGCAUGAUGGAGGGUGGGCCCAAGAAGCCAGGGGAGCAGGGCCCCCUCCAGGCCAUGAUGGCCCAGUCCCAGAACCUGGGGAAGCCUGGUGGCCCUGGGGGGCCCCGGCCCGAUGGUCCUCCAUUUGGGCCCGGAGGCCUCAGAGACAUGCCCUUCUCCCCAGACGAGCUGGGGCCCCUGCCUCCUGGGCCGCCUAUGAACUCUCACGGAGGGCCCGGCGGUGAGCACGGGGAUCACACAGGGAUGAACCCGGAGCAAAUGGCAUGGCUGAAACUGCAGCAGGAGUUCUACGAGGAGAAGAAAAGGAAGCAGGAGCAGAUGCAGCACCGGGGGCCCAUGGGUGACAUGAUGAUGCACCAACAAGGCCCCCGUGGCCCCAUGAUGCGCGGGCCCCCGCCUCCCUACCAGAUCAAUUCGGCUGGGGAGAUGUGGGGCCCCGAGCACUUCCCAGAGCAGAUGAGCAUGGGCCCCCGGGGCCCCAUGCACCCCCACAUGCAGAGGAUGCCCGGCGGCUUCCCUCCUGGCAUGAUGAACCCUGGUAUGGAGGGCGGCCCCAACCCCAGGGGGCCCCGGCCUGGAAUGAAUUGGCCCGACGACAUGGGACCCAACAUGGGCGACGGCAGGGGCUUCCCGCCCGGACAGGGGCAGUUUGUAGGGCCAGGGGGUCGGGUGGAGAGGUUCCCCAACCCACAGGCGGUGCAGGAGGCCAUGUUCCAGCAGGGCAUGGGGGGUGACAAGCAGGGCAUGGGGUUGCCCCCGGGCAUGAUCAUGGAGAUGAACAGGAUGAUGGGGGGCAAUGGCCCCCGGGGGCCAAUGGAUGGCCCCGGCAACGGCCCUAACGGAGGAGGCAUGAUGUUUCCCAGAAUGCCUGGCGACGUUGGCCCCAUGAGUCCAUCAACCAGGAUGGAGUUUGUCAAGGGCCUGGGCAGGGACAUGGGCCCUGAGUUCAGCAUGGGCCCGGGGAACAUGAACAUGGGGCCCAAUCCCCAGAUGAUGCAGGCUAAAAUGAGGGGGGAGCCUCCCAUGAACUUGAGCCCUGAGGAGAUGAUGAAGAUGAGAGGAGGCUCCAUGCCAGAGAACAUGGGCCCUCAGAAGAUGAUGCAGGGGCCUCCCUUCCCUGACCAGGGGCACCACCCAGGGGACUUCAACAUGGGCUCCAACCGCCACUUCCCAGGCAUGGGGUCUCACGGGCCUGGGAACCCUAGGUGCCCCAGAGGUGAACCCCCCUUUGGCCCUGACCAGCGAGGACCCAACCACGGCAACAACGGUCGCCUCAGCCAUAUGCCCCCCAACUCGGGCCCGCCUCCCAACCAGAGGAACAUGGGGGGCCGCAAGGGUCCCCAGGACAUCCAGGGCGGCCAGGCUAACUCACCCAACAUCAACCCCCUCAAGUCCCCUACGCUGAGGCAGGUCCAGUCCCCCAUGCUGGGCUCGCCCUCUGGGAACCUCAAGUCCCCCCAGACGCCCUCCCAGCUGGCCGGCAUGCUCCAGGGUCCUACGGCGGCGGCAGUGGCUGCAGCCGCGGCGGCUGCCUCCAUCAAAUCUCCCCCCAUGAUGGGUUCGGCUGGAGCCUCUCCCGUCCACAUGAAGUCGCCCUCGCUCCCGGCACCCUCCCCAGGGUGGACAUCGUCUCCCAAGCCCCCCAUGCAAAGCCCAGGCAUCCCUCAGAACAACAAGCAGCCUCCGCUCAGCAUGACCUCACCCAACAUGAUGGGCAAUGUGGAGCAAGGUGGGAAUGGUCCCCCCACAGCACCCCCUUCCAGUAGUGCUUCCAGUCUUCCGUCUGGCAGCCCCUACGCCCUGCCCCCUGAGCCCACGAUAUCUCAGAACCCCCUGUCCAUUAUGAUGUCACGCAUGUCCAAGUUCGCCAUGCCCACUUCCACGCCCCUCUACCACGACGCCAUCAAAACGGUGGCGAGCUCGGACGACGACUCGCCACCGGCCCGCUCGCCGAACCUGCCGCCCAUGAACAUGUCUGGUAUGGGAAUGAACCACCACCCGGGCCACAACCGCAUGAUGGCUCCCACGUCACAAGGCCCCAUGCCCGCUCUCAGCCCCAUGGGCAUGAACACCAUGGGCUCCCAGCCCCUCUCCCACGGCAUGCCUAACCAGAUGCCCUCGCCCAACCCAAUGGGGGGGCCCCACCAGGGGCCCAUGGGGCCGGGUAUGAUGGGGCCCCACGGCAUGAUGAUGCCCGGCGGGCAGGACCCAGGGAUGGGCAACCCUCAGAUGAUACCUCAGGGCCGUAUGGGCUUCCCCCACCGAGGCCAGGGAUUCCCCCCCGGUCACUCUCCUCCUCAGCAGGUCCCUUUCCCCCACAACGGCCCCGGGCCCCAGGGUGGUUUCCCCCACGGCAUGGGCUUCCAGGUGGAAGGGGGCCCAAUGGGCCGAAUGGGGAACAUGGGCCCUGGUGGGGAUCCGGGCGGCAUGUGUAAACCCAACACUCCCGGAGGAGGCCAGGACUUCAACAUGUUCAACAAUGACAACGACCUCCACGAGGUCAUGCGAACGGGAGCUACCGGAAUGCCGGAGUUUGACCUCUCCCGGAUUAUCCCAUCGGAAAAGCCCAGCCAGACUCUGUCCUACUUCCCCCGCGGUGGCGACGGCCCAGGGGGGAAACCUCACUCCUCCGGCCCCCAGGGAUUCCCUCCCCAGAUGCAGGGGAUGAUGGUGGAGGGGAACCCCAGGAUGGGGAUGCCCAUGCAGGGGAUGGGAGGUCCGCCGGGCCCAGGCCACAUGGGGGGGCCCCAAGACAUGCCAAUGGGUAACCCUGGCCACAAUCCCAUGCGGCAGCUACACCCUGGCCACCCCGGCUUCAUGCCCCAGGGCAUGAUGGGACCCCAGCAUCGGAUGCUGUCGCCGGGACAGCAGCCGGGCAUGAUGGGAGGACCUGGGCAUGGGAUGAUGCAGGUUAAAGAGAGGGGGGGGCUCAUGUACAAUCACCCGGGCCCCGUGGGCUCGCCCAACAUGAUGAUGUCACUCCACGGCAUGGGUGGCCCCCAGCAGACUAUGAUGAUGCCGCCUCAGAUGAGGCCUCGCGGGAUGGCAGGGGACAUGGGCAUGGGCUUCAACCCUGGUCCCGGAAACCCCGGGAACCUCAUGUUCUGAGCUGCUACAGCUAAGUAGAAACUAAAGACCUGACUCGGAACCCGCAGGAGUCUAGAACCUGGAGUCUAGAACCUGCGCCAAAAAAGGAAUACACAUGAGACUUGUGCUCUCUUUGGCGGUUGUUGUGUGGACUGGGGACACAUACAUUCACUCUGGCACAUACACACACACACACAACACACACAUCCCGAGACACUUUUGGGCUGGUUUAGCAGUCGGUCGGGUGUGGUGGUGCAACUGCAGCGUGUUCCAUGGAGGGGAGGGCGGAUGUACACCAUUUCACAGGGGACUGAUCUUUCUCUGUUUUGGAAAACGUAGAAUGUACGGGACGAGUCUAGGCUCCAGUGUUCUACAGACAGAUAGGAAGCCUCUUCAUAAAAACUCCAGGGAUGACCCGGGACCAGAGGUCCGUAGUUGUACUGUUAUAAGAACAGCUAAACGACGAAAUGUAAAGAACAAUAAAGGAUUAAAAACACAAGGAACUGAAUGAAAAGACGAAAAGGUCACAGUUUUUUUUUGUUGUCUCGAGUUGCACCAUUUUUGGCUGUAUGUUUACAUCUCAUCUCAUCACUACCCUCCAGAGAUUCAAUGCUAUUUGUAUUUGUGUACUGUAUUUGUGUUGUUAAAGGGAUUUUAAUAGUGACUUCUAGUUUGUUUUCCCAUCUUCUUUUGUAAAGGAGGGUGGGGGUAUGGAGAGGGGGGGUAGCCAAAUGUCGCUGCAACUCCCACUCUGAAAUGCUGUUUACCAUGUAGGGGGGUCAAAGUAUUUUAAAAACUGCAUUUUCCUUUGUUACUCUGUAUAAUAUGCCAAACGAUGACCUCAUACAGAUAAUAGUAUUAUUAAAAAAAGCACAAACAUGAUUUAACUGUAAAGAAUGUUUUUUCUUUCUUUUUUUCUCCUGUUUUUAUUGUCAAAAAACACUCGGUAGGAGGGGUGAUUCUGGGGCAUACGCUAAUGAGGCCUGGUUUAGAAUUGGAUAUGGGGUUGUGGGUUGGGGGGGGGAUGUCUGUCACACCUCAAACCCCUCUUAGCCCUAAACGGACAAACAGACACAGCAGAAAGCAAAGCCUCUGCUCUCACCUUUCCAGGCUAGGAGUACAGAGAGGAGAGUAAAAGAAGAAGAAGCAGCCUUAACCAUGUCUGGAUUACUUGGAGGGGGGGUGACCAUGGAAUUUUGCCGAAUUAAAACCAAACAAAAAUUAUGACAAAAAAAAGCGAAACAGAAAAUGAGCUAGUAGGUUGUAUCUGUGCCCCUGCCUCUCCUGUGUUAACACGUUGUCAUGUGACUCCAUUGAAUUUGGUACAGGGCUGUGGUGUUGGAAGACUAAUAAAAAUAUAUUGUUUGGUAAUACA